AUGGAGAAACCCCUUGGCUCGUCUGCAGGACCAUUCAUCACAUUACCAUGGCUCACCAGAGGCGAAAGAAGAAUUCCAGAAACGACCCGAGUCCAGACCGUUGAUCGACCCAAUCACCCCGGGCCCGAACCUUUCCGCGACCUGCUACGCGGACAAUGGGGGAUCGGCUCGGACAUGCCGUUUGCCAGCCCAGCAGGUGGUCCGAUGCGGCUCCACGCGCAUCCCAGGGUUCGGAGAUAUCUGGGCUGGCGCAGUGACAUCAUGACUCUAGUGCGUCGAAUAGUAUCCCCAGUGCAAGGUCUGGUUCUGCUCCGUUCAGGGCCCCGAGAAAGGGCCGCGCAGGGCCUGAACAGGUUCUCUGGGUACCUUUUCUUUGAUGUUUAA